UGUUUUUGCAACAGCCCUCUGCGCCAAUAGGAGCGUGCAGCUGAGGCUUAAAGGCUUAUGUGUAUGUAUGUGCAGGGGAAGUCACAUGUAUACACAGAGUUUGGUGCCACUACCCAGGGCAGCGCAGCGGCGUCAGCGGUCUUUUUCUAAGCUCUGCCAUUGUUUACUCCUGCUAGAGAAAGGAGAUAUUGGACUUUCUGCUGAGCUCACUUUGAAAAGGGUCCGACUUGAUGGGCAAAAUGUUUCUGCCAGCCAUCAAGGAACAACAGGGCAGAGCCUACCAGAAAAGCUGGUAACCAGCGGAGAAGACACAAAAGCUAAAAUCACUAUGUGGAGCUGUGAAACCUUAAACAACAGUACGGAGAACAGUGAGGACCAGCAUCUCUGCCAUGACUUCCACCUUGUGCUUUCCAUCUUUUCCCUACUCUACCUCAUUCUGUGUUUCCCGAUUGGCCUUUGUUACAAUGGCUUGCUGGUCCUAGUCAAUCUCUAUAACAAGGCUACUAUGACUAUGCCAGAUGUUUACUUUGUCAACAUCGCCAUUGCUGGUCUCAUCAUCAACGCUCUGGCACCAAUGUACCUUCUAGGUCUUGCCAAUACAAAAUGGGCCAUCUGGAAUUCUAACAAUGAAGUUUAUAUUACCUUGCUUAUUUUAUUCAACGUCUCGUCCUUAGUUACCAUGUACUCUACUACAUUACUCAGUCUGGACUACUACAUUGAACGUGCUCUACCUAGAACUUACAUGUCAAGUGUGUACAAUACCAAACAUGUUUGUGGAUUCAUCUGGGGUGGUGCCAUGCUUACCAGUUUUUCAUCUCUCCUGUUCUAUGUCUGCAAUCAUGUAUCCACUAAAAUAAUCGAAUGUUCCAAGAUGCAGAACAAAGAAGCAGCAGAUGCCAUUAUGGUCUUUAUCGGGUAUGUUGUACCAGCUAUCGCUGUUCUGUAUGCACUUAUAUUAAUCUUGCGAAUACGCAAAGAGGCUACACCACUGGAUCAAGACACUGGACGAUUAGAUCCAUCGGUGCACAGGCUUUUGAUUGCCACAGUCUGUACACAGUUCACGUUAUGGACACCCUAUUACGUUAUUCUCUUGGUAAGCACAUUUACUAGUGCACAAGGAAGAAUUGCAGAUGAAAAUUACAGUCGAAUAUUACAUUUUACCAAGAUUUUAUCAAAGUUCUUGGCUUUCUCAAGCAGCUUUGUAAUGCCUCUGCUCUACAGAUACAUCAACAAAAACUUUCCCAACAAACUACGACGUUUGCUUAAAAAGAUACACUGUGGGAAUCAAGGGUGUUCGCAUGAACGCACAGUAGUACAGCAAGUUAUGACAUAG